AUGGGGGCAAAACAGUUGAAAAUUCUAUUUGGUGAAAUGAAAGGAGAUAUACUGGAUGACUACUUAAGAACAGAUGGUGUUUGGAUACUUACUCGAAAUAAACAGUUUUACAAGACAAAUAAUGAACGAGAAUGUGCAGAGAAAUGUGAAGCAGAAAGGAAUUUUAAUUGCAGGGCCUUCCUAUUCACCAGGAAAAAGCUAGAGUGUUUAACACUAGCUGAAAAUACCAAUAUGACAGUGACAUUCAACAGCAUGGAUGCAGUUCUUUAUGAGAAGAAAAUUUACCUUCUACAAUGCAAAAAAGGGAUUGGAAAGGACUACAGAGGAACAGAAGCCAAAACCUGGAGGGGUAUUCCAUGUCAGAACUGGGCUGAAAACACUCCCCACAACCCAAAUUAUACACCUGAAAAAUACCCCAAUGAAGGGCUGGAUGAAAACUACUGCAGAAAUCCUGAUGCGGACGAAAAUGGACCCUGGUGUUACACAACAGAUCCUGCUACCAGAUUUGAUUACUGUAACAUCCCAGAGUGUGAGGCCCAAGUCACAAACACCGGAGAAGCCCCUACAGCAGAAUGCAUGCAGUGUAAUGGUGAAGACUACCAUGGAGAAGUUUCCAGAACAGAGUCUGGACUGGAGUGCCAGCGCUGGGAUGUCCAGGAGCCUCAUGCGCAUGGAUUUACCCUGAAACACUUUCCUGGGAAGGAUCUGAGGAUGAAUUAUUGCCGUAAUCCUGAUGGUGAACUUCGGCCCUGGUGUUUCACUGCCAGCCCAAAUAAGCGCUGGGAAUAUUGCAACAUUCCUCGCUGCACUACCCGCCCACCCGUCUCUGGCCUGGGCUCCCACUGUCUUUCAGGGAAAGGAGAAGACUAUCGAGGCAGGAUCGCGGUCACCGAAUCGGGAAAUGCCUGCCAACACUGGGACACACAGUUCCCUCACAGACAUGGCUGGAUUCCUGACAGAUAUCCAUGCAAAGGCUUAGAGGAAAACUACUGUAGAAACCCUGACGGAGAAAAGAGGCCUUGGUGCUACACCAUCAACAGCAGUGUUCGAUGGGAAUAUUGUGCAAUUCCUCACUGUGAUGGGACAGAACAAGGGAUUGCUGAUGUGCCUAUGCAUGUUCCCCUGCCUGAGGAGUGCUACUGGGGCAAAGGCCAGAGUUAUCGAGGCACAGCUUCCAUCACUGCAUCAGGAAAAAAAUGCCAGGCCUGGAACUCCAUGUUCCCACACAGGCAUGAAAAAACCCCAGACAGGUUCCCAAAUGCGGAUUUGAGGGACAACUAUUGUAGAAACCCAGAUGGUCAUAACAGCCCGUGGUGUUUCACCACUGACCCCAGCACGACGUGGGAGUACUGCAGUCUCAGGAGGUGUGACCAUCAUAGACAAGAACCCAUACCAAAUGACCCCCCUGCAGCAACUCCACAAAACGUUGACCUGUCUACACUCGCCACAUUGGACUGUAUUAACGGUAAUGGUAAAGACUAUCGUGGCACAGUAGCAAAAACUGGAAGGGGCAGAACUUGUCAAGAGUGGAGUUCUCAGAAACCUCAUAGCCACAAAUAUUUCACUCCUGUAACUCACCCAAGAGCAGGCCUGGAUAAAAAUUAUUGCAGGAAUCCUGAUGGAGAUGUACAUGGUGUUUGGUGCUUCACAACAGACCCAGAGAAAAAAUGGGAGUAUUGUGAAAUCCCACGCUGCUCUUCUUCUGAGCAUGACUGUGGAAAAAUCCCAAUGAGGAGUGAGCGAACCUGUGCACCGUAUAGCAUGUGUGACGCGCCGCCAGGGUCUUGGCCUUGGCAAGUGAGUCUCAGGACAAGUACCAAUGUGCACCAUUGUGCUGGCACUCUGAUACAUCCACAGUGGGUCCUUACUGCAGCUCAGUGCUUGCAAGAACCAAGAGAGCCUUCUUCCUACAGGGUGUUUCUUGGGAUAGAAAAUCUGAAUGCAGCAGAGCCAUCCCUGCAAAUUCAAACUGUUCAGAAAGUACUGAAGGAACCAAGUGGAGCAGACAUUGCUUUACUGAAGUUGAACAGCCCUGUAACAAUUACUGACCAUGUAAAACCAGUUUGCUUGCCCAAAACCAGUCUGAUGGUAGAAGGAAAUGAAGUAUGUUUCCUAGCUGCCUGGGGAAAAGGAAGAGGUAAUGAUACAGACAAUGGAUUAAAAGAUGUUGAGUUCCCCGUGCUUGAAAACAGCAUAUGUAAUCGCCCUGAAUUUCUGAAUGGAAGUGUGAAAAACCAUGAAUUUUGUGGUGGAUUUACUUUUGGAAGCUUAGGUAACUGCAAGGCUGAAGUUGGAGGACCUCUGAUCUGCCAAGAUAAGGAUAGAUUUGUCCAAUAUGGAGUCACCUCUUGGGGACUAGACUGUACCCAGCCAUCAAAGCCUGUUUUUGUCCGAAUUCCUAGUUUUGUUUCUUGGAUCAAGAACACAAUGAUUGUCCACUGAAUCUAGAUGCAGGAUAACUUCU